AUGUGCGGAGUGGCGAUCCCUCCGAACCCCGCGAACAUGUGCGUGAACUGCAUCCGCACCCAGGUGGACAUCGCGGAGAACAUUCCGCGUUCCGGCAGCAUCAUUUACUGCAAGUCCUGCGGACGGUACCUGCAACCACCGCGCCACUGGGUGCGCGCGGAGCUCGAGUCCAAGGAGCUGCUGCAGAUGUGCUUGAAGAAGAUCAAGGGCCUGAACGAGGUGAAGCUGGUCGACGCGGGGUUCGUGUGGACGGAGCCGCACUCGCGGCGCAUCAAGGUGAAGCUGACGGUGCAGAAGGAGGUGUUCAACGGCGCCAUCCUGCAGCAGCAGUGCGUGGUGGAGUUCGUGGUCGAGACCAACAUGUGCCUGGAGUGCAACCGCGCGAACACGAACCUGGACGUGUGGAAGGCCAACGUGCAGCUGCGGCAGCACGUGGAGCACAAGCGCACGUUCUUCUACCUGGAGCAGGUCAUCCUGAAGCACUCGGCCGACCAAAACUGCAUCAACAUCCGGGCCAAGCACGAGGGGCUCGACUUCUACUACGCGAACAGGUCGCACGCGCUCAAGUUCAUCGACUUCCUGCAGAACGUCGUGCCGAUCCGGCACCGGUCGGACAAACAGCUCGUGUCGCAUGACACCCACACUCAGGCGUACAACUACAAGUACACCUUCUCCGUCGAGAUCGUGCCCGUCUGCAAGGACGACAUCAUCUGCCUGCCGACGAAGCUCUACACGGCCCUCGGGGGGCUGGGGCCCAUCGUGCUGUGCACGCGCGUCACCAGCGGCCUGACGCUCACGUGCCCGAAGACGCUGCAGUCGUCCAGCUUGAAUGCGGUGCAGUACUGGCAGAGCCCGUUCUCGGUCCUCCUGUCCCAGAAGCACCUCGUGGAAUUCAUGGUCCUCGACGUGGAGCCGGUCGACGGGUUCGGCGCGCAGCACGCGUCGAAGAAGUACGCCCUGGCAGAUGUGCAGGUGGCCCGGGCCUCUGACUUCGGCCGGAACGACCACACGUUCAUCGUGCGCACGCACCUCGGCAACGUGCUCAACCCCGGCGACACGGCCGUCGGGUACGAUCUCUCCACGACGGUCCUGUCUGACCUGGAGCUGGACAAGCACCUUGCCAAGGGGCUCGAGCUGCCCGACAUCGUCCUGGUGCGCAAGUCGUACCGCGAGAAGCGGCAGAGGCGGCGGCAGCGCGGCUGGCAGCGGGCGUGGGAGAUCCGCAAGCUGGCGAUGGACGCGGACGACGAGGAGAUGUCUAGGAAGCGUGGGCGCGUGCAGGCGGACGCCGUCGAGCAGGAGGCGCAGGACCGCGAGAGAUUCCUGGAAGAGCUCGAGGAGGACGAGGAGCUGCGGAGGAACGUUGCGAUGUACAAGAAGGCGGACUUCGACCACGGUCGCAACCGGCAGGCUGCGGACGGCGGCGGCAGUGACAGUGACGACGGGGACUUCCCAGAGGUGCCGCUGGACGCCCUGCUCGAGAAGCUGGUCCUGGACGACCAGAUGGCCGGGAACGAGGACGACGCCUGA